AUGAAAGUUCCCGUCUUGUUGACCGCUUUGGCGGCUUGCAUUGUUGCUCUGCCCACUACUCCACGUUCAAGUCAUGUCCGAACUAGCGUCGAUGAACCCUACUUCCCUAUGGAAGCCCGAGCAGAGACCAGUGCCGAUGAGUCUUAUCUUCCAAUGAAGAGGGCAGAGUCCAGCGCCGACGAAUCAUACCUCCCGAUGAGGCGCGCGGAGACGAACGCUAACGAGUCUUACCUUCCUAUGAAGCGAUUUGAACCCAGCGCAGACGAGUCAUACGACCCCAUGAAGCGCGCCGAAACCAGCGCCGAUGAGUCCUACCUUCCCAUGUAG